AUGAAUAAAAAGAAUACAAUUCCCAACAGCUUUAGCGAAAAAAUCUUGGCAGGCGUAUGUAACAAAAUAUACAGUCUGACAAACAAAACAUUUGAAGAGAUAACGGGAGGAUCGGCAAAUAAACUUAAGCAGAAUGAUUAUGUUUUAAUUAUAGGUGGCUUCUCCAACAUGUUUGGAUUCAAUUUGUGCAGAGAUUUAGUUUUCACAAAGAAUAUUAAACUAAUAAACAUAGAUAAAAACUUUGCAACUACAGUUUAUAAUCCUAAACAGUCAUAUGAUGAACACAACUGUAUCAGAUUAGAACCCAAAGUGUUUAUAAAUAAAACAGGGUUAAGUGACAAAGAGUUGCGAAAAAAAGACUUUGAAAAUUAUUUUCAUAUUAUUUGUGAUGAUUUUAGUGAUAAGGAAAAGGUAUUACAAUCUUUAGCAAAAGUAAAAGAGAUCAGUAGUAAUAUCCAUGUCUUAAUUAAUAAUGUUCAUGAAGGGUAUCAUAUUUUUCCAUAUAAAUAUCCUAAAUCCCACCAGCUGAGUGAAUAUCAGAAUAAUUCAAUAUAUCUAGGUGACCCUGAAAAAUUUCAUAAAAUUACGCAGAGUAAUCUAACUAAUAUUAUUAUUGCUACAAAAUAUGUAUUAAAUCAUUAUAAUAAUCAUCAGUCGUUGUAUAUUAUAAAUGUUUCACAAAUAUUAGGAACAUAUCCAGCUGCAUUUAAAGGAUUCUAUGCAGCAUCAAAAGCAGGAUUGAACCAAUUUCAUCAAAGUUUGACCUAUGAACAGGAUGAAAGGAACAAAGAUGGAUAUUAUAAUGUGAAAACAUUAUUGGUUAUAUUACCUCAAAUGCACCAAGAUGAAUUAUAUGGCUGGAAACAGUAUAUAAACGACGAAAGAAGAUUUUGGGAAUCUUGUGCACUACAAGUGAUCUAUGCAUUGGAACAUGGUCGUCGCGGACAGAUGUAUAUUGAAGUUUGGGAUGUUUUUCAUUAUCUGUUAAGAUGUGUUCAUUUGGUUAAAUUUUGGCAAUUUGGUUACAUAAAUAGUUUGUGGCAUAAUAUUGGAUCAAAUGAACAUACUUGGAAGUAA